AUGGGUUACUUGGAGGGACUGGCAGCUAGAAGGGAGGUAAGCCUGGGGACUCCUGCCGCUGCCUGCCUGCCGCCUGCCUGCCGCCUGCUUGCCGCCUGCCUGCCGCCUGCUUUCCGCCUGCCUGCUGCCUGCUUUCCGCCUGCCUGCCGCCUGCUUGCCGCCUGCUUGCCGCCUGCCUGCCGCCUGCUUGCCGCCUGCCUGCCGCCUGCUUGCCGCCUGCCUGCCGCCUGUCUGCCGCCUGCCUACCACCUAUCUGCCGCCUAUCUGCCUCCUGCCUGCCUACCACCUAUCUGCCGCCUGCCUGCCGCCUGCCUGCCGCCUGCCUGCCGCCUGCCUGCUGGCUAUCUGCCGCCUAUCUGCCGCCUGCCUGCUGCCUAUCUGCCGCCUAUCUGCCGCCUGCCUGCUGCCUAUCUGCCGCCUAUCUGCCGCCUGCCUGCCUACCACCUAUCUGCCGCCUGCCUGCCGCCUGCCUGCCGCCUGCCUGCUGCCUAUCUGCCGCCUAUCUGCCGCCUGCCUGCCUACCACCUAUCUGCCGCCUAUCUGCCGCCUGCCUGCCGCCUGCCUGCUGCCUAUCUGCCGCCUAUCUGCCGCCUGCCUGCCUACCACCUAUCUGCCGCCUGCCUGCCGCCUGCCUGCCGCCUGCCUGCUGCCUAUCUGCCGCCUAUCUGCCGCCUGCCUGCCUACCACCUAUCUGCCGCCUAUCUGCCGCCUGCCUGCCGCCUGCCUGCUGCCUAUCUGCCACCUAUCUGCCGUGCGCCUGCCUACCAGCUAUCUGCCGCCUAUCUGCCGCCUGCCUGCUGCCUAUCUGCCGCCUGCCUGCUGCCUAUCUGCCGCCUAUCUGCCGCCUGCCUGCCGCCUGCCUGCCGCCUGCCUGCCGCCUGCCUGCCGCCUAUCUGCCGCCUAUCUGCCACCUGCCUGCCGCCUGCCUGCCGCCUAUCUGCCGCCUAUCUGCCGCCUGCCUGCCGCCUGCCUGCUGCCUAUCUGCCGCCUAUCUGCCGUGCACCUGCCUACUACCUAUCUGCCGCCUGCCUGCUGCCUGCCUUCCGCCUAUCUGCCGCCUGUCUGCCGCCUGCCUGCCGCCUGUCUGCCGCCUGCCUGCUGCUUGUCUGCCGCCUGCCUGCCUGA